AUGGCCAUGCAGUUCAAAUUCGACAGCAACAACCACGUCGGCCAGGUGCUGAAGAUCGACAACACGUUGACAGCCGACGGAUACGAGAACAACCACGAGUUGAGAAACAAUUUACGAUUGAUAAUUGACGAGAUUGGAAAAAGUUCAGCCAUCGCUCAACAUUUAGAGUUUCCGAUCACCAGUGCACAAAAGCUUCUUAAUUCUGAUCAUGUUAUUUACAUGAUGACCGAACAAAAUACACCGGCUAAUUUUGCUGUUAUUGGAUUUUUGAAGAUGGGAUGGAAAAAGUUGUUCAUUUACAACAAACAUAAUACCUGUUCUGAAACCUUGGUUUAUUGUAUGUUGGAUUUUUACAUCUAUGAGUCUAAACAGCGUCAAGGUUAUGGAAAACGAUUAAUUGAAUAUAUGUUAGAGGAUGUAAAAUUACAUGCCAGGCAUUUGGUUAUAGACAAGCCAACUACUAAUCUAUUGCAGUUUAUGUUGAAAAAUUUUCAACUAUCAAAAUUGGUAAAUCAGGGAAACAAUUUUGGUAUCUAUGAGGAUUUCUUUGAUGAAUUUGAUGAAAACCAUGAUUAUACUGGAAACAGAACAUCAGGAUACAAUCGUCCACCAACAUUUGGACGCCAUGGGGCUCAUAAACAUCAUGAUUCAAUGGGUGAAAUUUUACAAAAUACAGGACCUUCUUCUUCUGUGAUGGACAACCAUAACAAUGAUUUUGUUCAUAACCAGUUCAAUGAAGUGAAACCUCAUACUGAAGAAGCUUUAGGCUCACUUCAAAUCAAUAAGUAUGGUGACUAUGUGGAGCGAGAUCUUAAGUACCAUCACAGCUCUACAUAG